UCUGGAAGAAGGCUCACAAGAAGAUUCAUCGUCACUGAAGGCAUAUUCGAGAAUUCUGGCAAAAUUGCUCAACUACCCAAACUGCUUGAGUUAAAGAAAAAGUUCAAAUAUCGACUUAUUCUUGACGAAAGUCUAUCAAUUGGAACAUUGGGUAAACGUGGUGCUGGAUUAACUGAUUAUUACAAUAUCAAUCCAAAAGAUGUUGACAUGAUCGUUGGUUCCAUGUGCACUGCAUUAUGUUCUUCUGGUGGUUUUUGUUCCGGUUCAUUUGAGAUCACUGAUCAUCAGCGUAUUUCUGGUCCUGCAUAUUGUUAUUCUGCUGCUUUGCCUGCUGUGCUUUCAGCAUGUGCUACUGAAUCUGUUAGAAAUUUGGAUAGAAAUCCACAUCUUCCAGCUAAAAUUUUAUCAAAUGCAAGUACUUUUAAAAGUAACAUGUCGAAUGCGAAAUACGUUACAAUUGCUGGUUGUCCCGAUUCUCCUGUGUUUCAUAUAAGAUUGAACGAAAAUGUAAAAGCUAAUAGUAUAGAAGAAAAGGAAAAAUUUCUUCAAGAAAUUGUUGAUGAGGCAAUGAAUAAUGGAGUUCUUUUGACUCGCGCGAAAUAUGUAUAUGCGCAAGAAAUGUAUAAUAUAGAACCCA